UACCUGAUACCUACGGUACUAUGCAUAGCUGGGUCAAUGCGCGUUGCAAUCAUUCUGCCGUGGGUAGGCGGUGCAAUGCCUCCCCAUCUAUCGUUUACAUGCCAUACCAUGAUUGGUGGUUUAGGGACAGCAACUUUGCUUUUGUUCCACGAGGUUACUCAAAAGCAGAGUGUGCCCGAGGCAUGUCUCGCAAGGAGUAACAUCGAGGUAAAGGAACUACAGGACGGAGGAAUCGCAGCGCUUCACGUAAGGCGCAUUGCAGAAGCAACUGGAUCUCUGUCUCGAGUAUGGAACGUCGAUAUGCAGCUGAAACUUGAGCGACUUUUGCAGAUUGCACCUGCUCUCUUGUCUGAAUUCAAACCAAGCUGGGGCUGGGUCUUUGGAGAAUAUCUCUACGAGUACAGUCACUGGACCUAUACCGAUGUCGACAUUGUGUUUGGGCGGCUUAACUCUGAGUCAUAUGCUGCUUUGAUCUCAAAUUUAUGCCAGUCGCCACAGGCUUGAUGAUUGGCUGGGGGGUGUUGAGUUCGACCGUUAUGACAUUCAAACAUGGUCCUUCUUGGGCGACGCCGGCCGAUUGUUCCUAAGGGGCCAGUGGGCUUUGCAUAAAAAUGAACAGCGCAUAAACUUGCUGUGGCUAAACUGUGGCCAUUUAAAUGAAGAUUUGCGUAUCAAUAUUGAGGCGAAGCUACAAUUCUAUCAAGAUAUGCUUGAAUCGAAGAAUUCGUCCUUGUUUGGUGUCAACAAUUGAGCCUUCACAACUGCUAGUACAUUAGGCAUCGCUUGAAGCUGCUGUACCGCAAACGAAUGACAACGGCUGCUCUGCCCCUAGAUGAGUCUGGUUUGCAUGAAUGCAGUGUCCAUACCGGAAGGUUUAUCUCAGCCGAAGGCUGUUACUCCUGUGUGGUAAUUUCAAGCAGCCUUGCAGCAGCCCUUGAUCUAAGAGUUAGAAUUUCACCACUCGUGCUUAGUGAUCACAGUGAUGUUCCUGUCUUUUGGUUUCGUGGUAGCCUCGUGAGAUGCAUAAACCAUUGGAACUCCAAAAGGGGCACAUGUGGCGAGGCCUUGCGGGCCUGGAAGCAUAUACGGGCAAAUUAUACUAUGCGUGCAUAUCGAAGUCCAGAGACGCCAAUCAACGCUGUGUUUAAGCGCGCAAUUGUGAUUCACGAUUGCUUCAACAUGCGCUGGAUCUGCAGAUCUGCGCGACGUGCAGCACUUCAUGCCCUCGUUGACAAGUUAGAACUGGGUGGCCAGUUUGAACCUCUCGGACAAGAAAAAACUGUACUCCUUCGACCAGGGAAAGAGUUACUUCCCAAGGCGACCUUGGUGAUGACGCCGAUGAUUAAACCCAGCGUCAGCAUCCAAAUAAUUGAGGCGCCCCUCUUCCAUUUUCGAAAAUGGGUUGACUAUGGAAGGUGGCAUCCAACUUCCCUUGACAAAAAUAUGCCCCCAGUCAUAUUCUCAGUAAAGAGUAGCGGCUUUGUGUGCCUCCAACGGCACCGUACCUAGACGUAGGCGGCUAGCUUGCCAGACGCAGCGAUCUCCUUCAUCCCUCAUGGAUAUGAAAUAGACUAGCAACCUGGGUCAGGGACGAGAAGGAAGAGCACUGGCUCUAUAGCGAAGCACGAUUGACUCGCUCUGAGUCACAAGCAGUCCGUCGACACUUGCUUACUGGCGGCAGGCUACUCACUGGUGAGUGGAGCGCAAUGCUACAUCGUGAUGCCCUCCGCUCACGAAGCUACAUUGGAGUGCAUUUUUUACGAUGGCCCCCAGCAGGCCCCGCCGCCCCUAUCCAGGUCCCCGUCUCCUACCUCCGGGAAAGAGCUUAGAGCCCCUCCGCGUCGCGAAUAUCCUCCGACGAACUGGCAAGCACGUCGUAGAUGUGCCAUGCUUCGGCAAUAGGGCACGUCAAGCCUGUGGGAGUCGUCGACCUUGUCGUAUUUCGCAAACUUCUUUGUAGCGGACGAGCAGCAAACGAGCGGCCCUCUUGGCGAAGUGGACCAAGAAGCGGCGCAUCCAAUUAGAGUGGGUGCGAAGGUUUUAAGACUCCGAGUCGGACCAAAUUAGACACCCGGAGACUGAAAUCGUUGCCAAGGGCCAAGUGACUGGGUGGCCACGGGGGGUGUCGGGGUGUCACGGAACCCCAAAUUUGCCGUAUCUCCAUAACUAGGCGUCUGGUGCGCAGGCAAUUCGAGGAUGGGGGCCUCCUUGCACCUCUGGGGGACAUGACCGAAACAGGCGAGCGAAACGAUUAGGUUUGGAAAGGAAAUUUUAGUGGCCUGCGCACGUCGCGCCAGUCACUGUGGCGUUUCGUGCCGCGUCAGGCUACCUAGAAGGUUCGGGUUCGGGUUGCAUGUCGGAUUUUUGGAACUUUUGGGUGUUACCAUGGCGGUUAUUGGUAUGUUUCCGCUUAGGGGCUCUACAUGCCAAUCAAGCAACGCGAGAUGAGUAUUGAGAUGGGCAUCUAGUGCCCCCCGUAAUAAUAUUAUAAUAUGGUUUGGUUAGAG